AUGUGCGCCAGUGCUAGUGCCAGACGGUCGUCACCGUUGAAGUGGCAGAUUCUUGCUCUCUUUACUGCCGGGGAAGCGUUGUCCGUCGGCUUCAUCAGCAGCUUUUACCAUUUUCGAUCCGUAUGCUCUGCGAUGUUAGCAACCGCUGUGGCAGCAACUAGUGUUUCCCUCUAUACCGCGAAGCAAAGAAACCCCAAGUAUGAUUUGUCGCAAUGGGGGGCGGGGUUGUCCUCGUGUGGGCUCAUUUUUCUGGUAUACGGAAUCGUUCAACUUUUGCAAGUCCUUGGCGUCCUACCAGCUGGGUUUAUGCCCUACAAUGAAGUACUGUAUAGUUUGGCCGGUGCGUGCCUGUUUUCGUUUUAUCUUGCCUACCACACGAAACUCAUUGUGGCCGGUAAGCACACCAAGUAUCAAAUGAGUGAAAAGGAUUACGUAUUUGGAGCAAUGACGUUGUACAAUGAUAUCAUCAACAUCUUCAUCUACACACUUCGGUUGAUAGGAGAGGACCGCGAUCGAUGA